AUGCAAUCUUACACUUCUAUUGUCAAGGCUGCCAACUUCAUUUUGUCAAGACCAACCUUGGCUAAAGUUGUCACCCCACUUGCCAACAAAUUCGUAUCCUUUGCUGGUUACAGAGAAAUGGGUUUGAAAUUCAACGAUAUACUUCUUGAAGAAACCCCAAUUAUGCAAACUGCCAUUAGAAGAUUACCAGCCGACUUGAGUUACUCCAGAAACUACAGAAUCCUUACUGCCCAUCAAUUAGCUUUGUCUCACCAAUUAUUGCCAGCUGAAAAAGCUGUCAAGCCAGAAGAAGAUGAUCACUAUUUGAUUCCAUACAUUUUGGAAGCUGAAAAGGAAGCUUUUGAAAAAGCUGAAUUGGAUAACAUUGAAGUUAAAGCUUAA